AAGUGCGGAAGAAAGAGACGACGGACCGACACACCGAAGAGUUGAAGUUUUUACUGACAAGUUCAGCUUGAUUUAACGACUUUUUUCGCGAUCUACCCGUGUAAUUCUUGAGUUCGCAAAGAGCCGCUUCAAAAUGCCAGCCAUGGAGAAACAUCUUUUCAAUUUAAAGUUUGCUGCCAAAGAACUCCAAAGAAAUUCCAAGAAAUGUGACAAAGAGGAAAAAUUAGAGAAGGCCAAAGUCAAGAAAGCCAUCCAGAAGGGGAAUAUGGAAGUGGCGAGGAUCCACGCAGAGAACGCCAUCAGACAGAAGAACCAGUCAGUGAACUUCCUGAGGAUGAGCGCUCGGGUAGAUGCAGUGGCAGCGAGGGUCCAAACUGCAGUUACGAUGAACCAGGUCACAAAAUCUAUGGCUGGAGUGGUGAAAGGCAUGGAUGCCACUCUGAAGUCCAUGAAUCUGGAAAAGAUUUCAUCUCUCAUGGACAAAUUUGAACACCAGUUUGAAACUUUGGAUGUCCAGACUGCCCAAAUGGAGGACACCAUGAGCAGCACAACAACACUCACAACACCACAGAAUCAAGUGGAGUCAUUGCUGCAUGAAAUGGCUGACGAAGCAGGGUUGGACCUGAACAUGGAGCUCCCUCAGGGACAGACGGGAUCAGUGGGUACCAGCGUGGCCUCGGCAGAACAGGACGAACUGUCUCAAAGGCUCGCCAAACUCAGAGAUCAAAUGUGAAGGACGACUGCAGUGGACUGGCAUCGUAAUGCAGAGCGCUGACACGCCCGUACACUACCUGAAUAUUACUCCAAAACACCUUUU